AUGUACGUUAUUGGCACCGCCGGACAUGUUGACCACGGUAAGUCCACUCUGGUCAAAGCCCUCACCAACAUUGACCCGGACCGUCUCCCGGAGGAAAAGGAAAGGGAGAUGACGGUUGACCUGGGCUUUGCCUGGAUGACCCUGCCCAGCGGCCGCGAAGUCAGCAUCGUGGACGUGCCAGGUCACGAGCGGUUGAUCAAGAACAUGCUGGCCGGGGUAGGAGCCAUUGACCUGGCCAUGCUGAUUGUGGCCGCCGACGAAAGCGUGAUGCAGCAGACCCGGGAGCACCUGGCUAUCCUGGACAUACUGCAAAUCAAGCGGGGCCUGAUAGUAAUCACCAAGACAGACCUGGUGGACGAGGAGCUGGUUGAACUGGUCAAGGCGGAGGUCGAGGACGUGGUGGCCGGAACAUCUUUUGAGGACGCCACCAUGAUUGGCGUGUCGUCCUACACUGGGGCCGGCUUGGAUGAAUUAAAAGACACCAUUGACGAAAUUCUGGACCAGACCGGGGCGCGGCGGGACCUCGGACGGCCCCGCCUGCCAGUGGACCGGUGCUUCUCCAUUUCCGGGUUUGGCACCGUGGUAACCGGUACGCUGGUCGACGGGGUUUUUGCCGUGGGACAGGAAGUGGAACUGGCGCCUUCGGGGAUGCGGGGCCGCAUUCGCGGACUGCAAAGCCACAAAGAACGGGUAGGCAGCAGCGAUCCUGGGGUCCGGUUGGCGGUUAACUUGUCGGGCGUUGCCCGAACCGACAUAGAGCGGGGUGAGGUGGUUACACUGCCCGGCUGGCUACCCUCCACCCGACGCCUGGACGCCAGGAUGCGGAUGGUGGCCGGGGCGCCCCACCCCCUGCGCCACAAUUCCGGCGUUACCUUCCACCUCUUUACCAGCGAGACCACGGCCCGGGUACGGCUGCUGGACGCGGACCGGUUGGCCCCCAACGAGGAGGGCUGGAUCCAGAUAUUGCUGGAUGACCCAAUCCCGAUGGUCAAGGGCGACUAUUAUGUACUGCGUUCUGCCGAAGAUACUUUGGGCGGCGGACAGGUGGUGGACCCGAGCCCCCGGCGCCGGCACCGGCGCUUUGUUCCCGAGACCAUUGAGCAGCUAAUGAUGCUGGACCAGGGCACCGGGGAGGACAUCAUCUAUAGCGUGGCCGACCAGAGCGGGCCCUGCGACCUGCGAACCCUGUCGCAACGGUCCAACCUGUCCUCGGAAGAUGCGGUGGAACGGGCCCUUCAGUUGGCUGAGGCGGGGGACCUGGUGGUUCUGGGCAACCUGGGGACGGAGAACGAUGCCGUGGUCUAUUCGUCGCAGGGGUGGGACAUCUUCAAAAGCAAGGUGCGGGUGGACCUGCAGACUUACCACAACAACUAUCCGCUGCGAAGAGGGGCGCCCACCCAGGAAACUCGCAGCCGUACCGGGCUGGCCCAGGGGGUGUACCUGAGGGCGCUGGCCCGCCUGGUGGAGGAGGGUUGCCUGGUGGAGGAUGGCCAGCAACUUCGCCUCCCCGACCACGAGGUUACGCUGACCCCGGAACUGGAGAAACGGGCCAAUGAUUACCUGCAAUCCCUGGAGCGCGAGCCCUAUUCGCCGCCCACCGAGCGUCAUCCGGAGCCUGAACUGCUGGGCUUUCUGAUUGACGAGGGCAAGGUGGUGAGGGUGAACGAGUCGGUGGUGUUCGCGGCCUCGGCCUACCGUGAACUAACCGACCGGAUAGUGGCCCACCUGAACGAGAACGGGUCGAUAACGGUAGCGGACGUCCGGACCCUGUUCGAUACCAGCCGCAAGUACAGCCUGCCCCUGCUGGAGUAUCUGGACCAGCAGCGGAUUACGAGGCGGGUGGGGGAUGAGCGGGUUUUGCGGUGA